AGCGGCUGCAGUUCGAGAUCUAGGCAGCGCACUCAAACAAGUGGUCGACAAGACCAAGACUGUGGUGGAUUUGGUCGAUAAAACAGCCAAGCUCCAUCCUUACGCAAAUAUUGCUUGGCAGGUCUUGAGUUCGGCGUACCAAGUAUGGAUUCGUCAUUAUCAUAGCGCAAACCCGUGCGCUGACAAUUUCGAGCGGUUGUUUCAGGCUGUUCGAGGGCAGAUAGAGAGAGACGACGCACUCUGCGGUCUUGUCGCGUCUAUGGCUGACCUUUAUUCGUUCGUCGAUGCCGUUGAUGAGCUAAAGAACAAAAUUCAGCUCCUCGAAGCCAGCAUUAUCCGAAUUUCUGUCCAAACGACGGAAUGCGGAAUUUUCAUUAAGCAGUAUGUGUCCCGUGGGCUCAUAGGGCGACUCGCUCACCAAACAUUCUCAAACACCUCCCAAACAAUCUCGAACCUCUCGGGGGUGCUAACAAGGCUCAAGGAGGACCUUCAUAUGGGAGUAACAUCUUACAGUGCAUUCAUCUCGGUCCAAAUAUCCAGGGGCGUGGAAAAACUUGUUGAAAUCGAGGCAUUGAAGCCUGCGACCAUGGAUGCGGGAGAUCGAGAUACAUGCUUGCCUGGGACUCGAGUAGACAUCUUGAAAAACCUCAUCGAUUCCCUGACAGAUCCUAGCCUGCCUCCCGGUCAUAAUGUCAUCUGGCUUCGUGGACCGGCUGGAUCCGGCAAGAGUACCAUACUCAACACGGUUGCUCAACACUUCUCAGAGCUGCGCCGACGUGGCGCUUUUCUGUUCUGGGACCGGAACGACCCUCUUAAUGGUGAACCCCUUCGUGUGAUACGUACUCUUGCCUUCCAGCUGGCUCGUUUCAAUCCCACUUUUUCCGUGAAAAUGGCCGAACAAAUCGAAAAAUUGCCCGACAUUACUACAUCCAUCCUCGAUAUGCAAUUCAAGCAUCUUCUAGAGGCGCCUCUGGCCGAACUCGCAGCAGGGCUUGAUUUAGGCCCUAUUGUAAUUGUCCUUGAUGCCCUUGAUGAGUGUGGUACUAUGGAGACGAGGACAAAGCUCCUUCGCGCACUCUCUGAAGGCUUCCGAGUACCUUUCGGUUCCUGAUAGCCAGCCGGGACGAACCCGACAUUGGUGCUGCCCUGUCGCGUCUGGGUGUUGACGUGCGUGACGUGCCGAUCGGGGAUGAGUUGACAUCAUCUGACAUCAAGCUCCUUUUCCAACAACGGCUUGCCUGCAGCGCUGAUGCCUUCGUAGGCCAUGGUUUGUCAUCCAAUUGGCCAGGAGACCCCGUAAUACGGCAGCUUGUCGCUCUGUCCGGAGGUCUUUUCAUUUGGGCAUCUACAACCAUUCGCUUCCUUGAAUCCGGCUUUCCUGAAGAAAGGCUGAAAAAGGUGCUAAGUGCAUCAGUACAGGCCCCAUCUCAUGCUGGGUUGGACAAUUUGUAUCGGGUCGCUCUUACUCAUCCAUUCGACUCAUACGACGAAAACGAACUCAAAGCUGUACAUUCCAUCCUCGGUGCAAUAGUAGUCGCUCGUGAGCAGCUAACAGAUUGGCAGCUCAGUCA